AUGACAGAAUUAGACGAAGAAAACAAAAGAAUAUCUCAACAGGUGACAGCUAUGUCAACCCAGUUGAUUGAAAGUAUACGUGCCCAAUCUGGAUUGGAAGCUAAAUUGAAUCAAAUGACUAAGAAAGUAACUCUUUUACAAAAGGAAUCAGACAAAUAUAUGACUUUGAAACAAGACUAUGAAACGUUACAAAGGCAAUUAAAUAAUACAAAGGAACAAUUGACUGCUUAUAAAGCUGAUCUACAAAAGGAAAAAAAGCUUCGAACUGAGGCAGAGAGUAUGGUAAAACAAUUGGAAGGUGAAGUGGAAGAUUUGACUGCAUCAUUAUUUGCUGAAGCAAACAAUAUGGUAGCAGAUGCUAGAAAGGAGAAACAUACUACAGAAAUUUUAAAUAGAAAAUUGUUGGAAUCUGUGAAGGACAAGGAUAAUGCGUUAGAGACAAUGAAGGCACAAUUAGAACAUUUGAAAAGAUAUGUAGAAAAAAUGGAAUCCGAAUCUGCAUCAAUCUACAAUUCAAAUAAUCAAAGAUAUUCCACAGUAGUUUCGGAUUUGGAUAAUCUAUCAUUAAGAAAAACAAAGACAGAGAAUUCCUUACAAUCAGAACUUCCAAGUUCCCCAACAGUAUUAUAUUCUCCCAACGUAUCAGCAAUUAGAUAUGAUUUGAAUCUAUACCAAGAAUUUUUGAAAUUUAUAGCAUGUUUAUCAACUUGUAAAUCAAUAAGAGACAGCUCAAACGAUUCUAAACUUUUAAGAAGACUAAACAACGAUGAAAUAUCACCAAUAUUAAAAAUUGAUAAUGCUCCAGGUAUUAGUAUAUGGAACAGAAAGAGUCUCUUAAACUCUAUGAUGGAUGGAUUAGUGGUUAUUGAACCAAUUAGCGGGGUUAAUGAAACUUAUCAAAUUGGUUACUAUUCACCAAUGAUGAACAGAUCUGUUAAUGAUAAUUCUUCUCAUCUUUUUAAUUAUCCAAAUGAUUCACCUCCCGUUGCUACACACGAUUCGUGCGCACUUUGUGGUGAAUCAAGAGAUGAUAAUGUUACACAUGCAAGAAUGCACACUUUAAAAGUGCAAGUAAGAGAUGAUAGUGGGAAUUCAACAAUACAGAACUCAUAUCCUUUAUGUUUAUGGUGUGUAUUAAGGGUUAGACAAACUUGUGAUAUUUAUGCAUUCUUACGCUCAUUAAAAUUAGGGACAUGGAAUUUGGAAACAGUUACAAUAAAAGAUAAUAGUGGUGUAGAAACUACAGCACCGAUAAAUUCUAAUAAAACUAAAGGCUCCUCAGCUAACAGUGGUAAUAUAAAAAAAAAGAGAGAAGAACUACGUAUUAAAAGAAUGAGUUUUAUAGGUGGAUUGGGUAUUAAUACUUCUUCAAGUAGGUGUGUUCCUCAUGUUGAAAGUAAUACAAAAAGUCAAACAGACAUUUCCGGAAAACCUAGUACAAAUAUUGAACGUGCGUGGUUGCAGCUUUGUAAAUUAAGAUCUAUGUUACAUUGGGCACAUAUUGGUGUUUGGUCUAUCAGUGAUUCAAUAUCUACUAAAAUUGGUCCAAUUAAUAUGGAGGAGAGUAAUACUAAUGAGGAAAAUGAUGAUAUUAACAUUAAUUUUGGAAGGAUAGAUAAACAUUGUGAUACGAGUGUAUCACAAGGUACAAGUGAUAAAUCUGUUCAAUCAGAUACUACAAGAUUAUCUAGUUGUAAUGAGGUAGUGUCGGGAGCACCAUCAUCUUUGGAUAGUAAUUCAAAAACUGAUGAAAAAUCGAUGAAUACCGAAGGUAACAUUGUUGCAAGUGAAAAAAAUAACUAUGACAAGGAGCUUGAACCUAAUUUGAAUUCUUCCGAGGAAUUAGUUUUAGAAGCAGUUUCUGGGAAUAUGGGCAGUGAUCAGGAAGUUCAAGCUACAGAUGUUGAUGAUAGAACAAAAGAGAGUAUUGAUAUAAUAGGGGAAUAUGACGAAAAUGAUGAAACAAAAAACGAAUCAACCGUAUUGAAUAAUGAAACUAAUGAUGAUGAUGAAUCGAGCACUGAUCAGUACACCGACACAAGAGAUGGUAUCUAA